AUGACGACCGAGUUCUUGGACAAUAACUGAUUAAUUUAAUCGGUGGAUCAGGGAUGGCCGGAAUUUUCUUGGAAUUGUUGAGGGAUUAUUGUCGGGGUGAAAAAGCUGGCAAUGAGGAGAAAUUGGGAUCGUGCGGCGCUCGGAGUAGCGACCGCCAGGUCACCACAAGCUCACAGCAAGGAUCCAAUAUUUGUUGAGGACAACAGGCUUGUCCAGUGGCACUGAAUCCAUUAAAAAAAGACGAAAAAGACAGUGGGAAAAAGAAGGAAUGGAGUACAGUAAGAGUUGGCAAGCUGUGGCACUUCAUCUGACCACCACGACAAUGACAACUAUAGCUGUCAUGACAUACGUUCAUGCAACAGUAGGAGCUGAAAGCACACUCAGGGAUAGUCUAGCAGCAUCAACUACUACUUUUCCUCGAGGGAACUCUGAGCCCUUUGAUGGCCGCAGGGUAAAUGGAGAACACUGCAUUAAUUGUUUUGUAGCUUUGUUAAAUGCAAUGACAAGAUCAUUACUGCUAUCGAUGGCGAAUGCAGUGGGUGCUCGGAUCGUUGUGUUCAAUGCAACAACGGAUAUUAUCGUAGCCGAGACAUGGCUGAAGCGUGCCCUGGGGAAUAUGGGUGAGCCAAUAAAGUUGGAGAGCGAAUUGUUGCGCGUUGGCUAUCGACCGGAUCCGGGACUUCCUUGGUUCGGCAAUUCCGAAGGGCCAACGUCCAGUCUGAGAUCGCCGAAAUUCAUUCAGUCAGCACCAGCUGACUCCUACCUGGGCUGGUGGACAUUGCCAUACAUCUCCUGCAAGACCAGGCAGUGGCUCAUUUCAUACAGCGUUUAUGUACGACCUUCUGACAUGCGACAUGGUAUUCGAGAUUUUUUGAGCAUCGACAUCGAUAUUAGUGGGCUUGAAGUAAAUCAGUGUGAUGACGACAUACUGGAAAAGUAUUUAGAUGAGAAACGGAUGGAUAAUCACAUCGAGACUUUUAGAGGAUCUCACAAGUGUCACGAUACCACGCAAGUAAACAUGACAGAACUCAAUAAAAUCUUCAUCUCAUUUAAUUUUAAUUAUUUUUUAAAUCUAUCUCGCGUUGUGGGAAGGGAACUGUCACUUCUCACACGUCGUGAUGAAAAAUCGCGGAUGAAAAUAGUGGAAAAGUUUUUAGUAUCACUGACGUAUCGCGUUAAGAGUGCACACAAAGUCAAACUCACUGACAAACAGCUCCUGCAGUGGAUGGUACCGGUUCUCCUGGUGAUGCUGAUUUAUCUAGGCACUUGGACCCUCAGUGCGCCUCCUGAUGCCAAAGUCAUCGCAGACGGUCAGGGUUUAGAGUUUUAUCAAUGUGAAUACAACUGGUGGGAUCAUAGUUUAGCAAUUGGCGAAAUUCUCUUUCUUGCCUGGGGCAUUCGGGUUUGCUACAACGUCCGGAAUGCUGAGAGCCUCUUCAACGAGGCUCGACUCAUCAGUUACGCUAUUUACAACAUCGCCGUUGUGAAUACCACAAUGAUUGCUAUCCAUCUCUUCAUCUUCCCUCAUGCGGGUCCAGAUAUGAAGUAUGCCCUUGGCUUUCUUCGCACUCAGUUGUCAACUUCGGUUACAAUAUUUCUCGUCUUUGGUCCCAAGGUAUUACGAGUACUUCGAGGCCAAGGGGAUCAAUGGGAUAGUCGAGCACGUGCCCGAGGGAUUACCGCAAGUUUCUCUCUCAAUGGAAUUCGAGGAUUAGUCGCUGAAGAAACAACCGAUCUUUACCAGGAGAAUGAGGAACUCAAGGAAGAAAUCCAGAAAUUGGCCGCACAAAUUGAGUUUAUGAAAAUUGUGCAUAUGGAGAUGCACAAUCGUCACAUUAAACCAAAGUUGGGUGGGUACUUUAGUACUCAUGGGCAUGGCUGGGGCGCCCAGAGCCCAAACGCUAAAACUACAUCUGCAAGUUUCAUCAUCAAGGUUUGUAUCCAUAAUUAUCAUUUAAUCUCAUGA